AACAUUUUUAUGCAACAUCACUUAUGUUUCAUUGUAUUUGAUGUUGUAUGUACAUGUGGCUUUGUCCACUUCACAUUCCAUUCCCUGUAGGAUGAUUUCCUGGAUAAAAAAUUCAGUGCUUCAGCUAGCUUCAGUUGUAAAUCACACUGCCUGUUUAGGUUCAGGAUGGGAGGAUGAGUCUAUUGUAGCUGGCAGAUCAAUGGAGGAUUCCUCAUUUAGGGAGUCUCUUGAACGUGAUGACAGUUCAAAUGUGAUGCAUGAGAGAAGGAAACCAUUUAUGCGGAGCACAGAAGCCUUAUACGUGAUGGAUCAUCUUUUGCUAGUGAUGAAGAUAUUAAGUUUGAAAAAAGUCUUAAAUCAAAGGUCUCCUAGAGGCAAGGCCAAGGAAAUAUAUUUUGAGAACUUCUCCUGGUGCAAAACUCAGAGCAAGGCAUUGCGGAGUCAUAAUUUUACAGGAGAUUCAGAAAAAUCUUCAUUAUCCAAGGACAUUCUGGAUGAAGACGAUCAUCUUAUGGAUUUCAAUUAACAGACUGAAAAUCAUGGUUCUGGCAUGCUAUCUUUUAGUCCAGGACUGUCUCCUCUGCCACCAGAUCCUUUGCUCGGGACCAGUUUUCAAGAAUUUAAUCCUAUAAAAAUGAACUUUGAGCAGCCUCGACUCCAGGCGAAUGUAUAAUUGACCACCUGUCCCUAUAGAGACGUCAAAAAACUCACUUUAACAUCUAACAACUCGUAAGGCUCAAGUAUCAAUCUUUUCAACUUCUACCUCGACUUUUUAGUGUAUAGUUUGUAAACUUGAGUAAUAAUUUUAAAAUAAGAUCUGUUUUCAUUUCCUU